CAUCUUGCGGCGGCUCUGGUUUCCAUCCGCCCAGUGGGUUGCGGAAGCAGUGACCCAGCCGGGCCUUGGGCACCUUGAAGGAAAGAGUUCUACUGAUGCUGAAGGCCGGAGAGAGGAGCUUCCCGACUACUCUGCGAGACGUCGGGCUCUGAGAGGCGCUCACCAUGUACUCAGAGUGGAGGACUCUGCACCUCGUCAUCAAGAACGACCAGGGUCACACCAGCGUGCUGCACAGCUACCCGGAAAAUGUGGGCCGCGAAGUGGCGAACGCAGUGGUCCGGCCGCUGGGCCAAGCGCUCGGCUCGCCCUCCUCCGGACAUGAAAGCAUAUUGAAAACAGACAAAGAAGUGAAGUGGACCAUGGAGGUGAUAUGUUACGGGCUCACGUUACCCCUGGAAGGGGAUACAGUGAAGUAUUGCGUGGAUGUUUAUACAGAUUGGAUUAUGGCCCUCGUGUCUCCCAAGGACUCCAUCCCCCUACCGGUUGUCAGAGAACCCAACAUGUACGUCCAGAUCAUUCUCAAGCACCUCCAGAACGUCUUUGUGCCCAGACAGGAGCAGUUUAAUAGCCAGAUUCGGCUCUGCCAGCAGGUUCUGCGCUCCGUCCAGAAGCUGGCCAGGGACUCGACAAGCAUGGCACGUGAGACCUGGGAGGUGCUGCUCCUGUUUUUGCUGCAGAUUAAUGACACUCUUCUGGCUGCGCCAACCGUGCCAGGGGGCAUUGCAGAAAGCCUCGCUGACAAGCUCAUUGGAGUUCUGUUUGAGGUCUGGUUUUUGGCCUGUACACGCUGCUUUCCCACACCGCCUUACUGGAAGACGGCCAAAGAAAUGGUGGCCAAUUGGAGACAUCAUCCCGCCGUGGUAGAGCAGUGGAGUAAAGCCAUCUGUGCACUUACUUCAAGGUUGCUGCGGUUCACCUACGGCCCGUCGUUUCCUCCGUUCAAGGUUCCUGAAGAAGAUGCCAGCCUGAUUCCUGCGGAAAUGGACAACGAGUGCGUGACCCAGACAUGGUUCCGAUUUCUUCACAUGUUGAGCAAUCCGGUGGAUCUCAGCAAUCCAAGCAUUAUAGGCACAACACCCAAAUUUCAGGAGCAGUUCCUGAAUGUCAGCGGUAUGACUCAAGAACUCAAUCAAUAUUCUUGUCUCAAGCAACUGCCACAGAUUUUCUUCCGAGCCAUGCGCGGGGUCAGCUGCCUGGUAGAUGCCUUCUUAGGAGUUGCAGUCUUUAAGAACAUUGGGUUCCAAAGAUUACCCAAAUAUGGUAUCUCUCGCCCCAGAGCAGACAGCGCUCCACCUACACCGGUAAACAGACUCAGCAUGCCUCAGAAUACAGCUACCAACACCACCCCGCCGCACAACCGGAGGCAUCGCACCGUCACUGUGAACAAGACCACCGUAAAAACCAGCUCAGCGAGCACAACCCACAGCACAAAGGUCCAGCAACAGGCAUCUUCCACGUCUCCACUGUCCAGCCCGAACCAAGCCAGCUCCGAACCUCGUCCGCUGCCGGCCCCUACGCGCCCCAAAGUCAAUAGCAUUCUGAACCUGUUUGGUUCCUGGUUGUUUGAUGCCGCAUUGGUUCACUGCAAGCUGCAGAACGGAGUGAACCGAGACAGCAGCAUGACAGCAUCUUUUAUCCAAAUUCUUCUUUCUUAUAAAUCUUCGAUGGCCACGCAGGCCACCAUGGAGUUUCGUCGCAAAGGCUCUCAGUUGUCCACCGACACCAUGGGCUCGAGCACCGUGUUUGAUGCCAAUGAAUUCCCAGAUAAUUAUGAGGCAGGACGGGCUGAGGCAUGCGGUACCUUAUGCAGGAUAUUCUGCAGCAAGAAAACCGGGGAAGAGAUACUGUCCGCGUACCUCUCCAGGUUUUACAUGGUUUUAGUCCAGGGCUUGCAAAUAGGAGACUUCAUCUGCCACCCCGUGCUGGCCAGCAUUAUCCUGAACUCGCCUGCUCUCUUCUGCUGUGAUCUCAAAGGGAUCAACGUGGUCGUUCCAUACUUCAUUUCUGCACUUGAAACCAUUUUGCCUGACAGGGAACUUUCAAAGUUUAAAAGCUACGUAAACCCAACAGAACUAAGGCGAUCGAGCAUUCACAUCUUGCUGUCGCUGCUGCCUCUUCCGCACCAUUUUGGGACUGUAAAAUCCGAGGUCCUGCUGGAGGGAAAGUUUAGCAACGACGACAGCUCGGUUGGUGAUAAACCAGUGACCUUCCUGUCCCUGAAGCUGAGACUUGUCAAUAUUCUUAUAGGAGCUCUACAGACGGAGACAGAUUCUAACAACACUCAAAUGAUUUUAGGUGCAAUGCUGAACAUAGUUCAAGACUCUGCAUUCUUAGAAGCAACCGGUAACCAGGUAGAAAUGAUAGAGAAUAAUCUACUGAAAAGCCACAGCAGAACAAACAGUGGUAUCAGCACGGCCAGCGGUGGCAGCACUGAGCCCACUACUCCAGACAGCGAGAGACCGGCGCAGGCACUGCUGAGGGACUACGCUCUUCAUACAGAUACAGCCGCCGGCCUGCUCAUGCGCAGCAUCCAUUUGAUCACCCAGCGGCUGAAUAGUCAGUGGAGGCCGGACAUGAGCAUCUCGUUGGCAGCCCUGGAGCUACUGUCUGGUUUGGCCAAGGUCAAGGUUAACAUAGACCCGUCGGACAGGAGGAGGGCCGUGAGUUCCGUGUGCACAUACAUCGUGCACCAGUGCUCGCGCCCGGCCCCUUACCAUUCACGGGACCUCCACUCCAUGAUUGUAGCCGCGUUCCAGUGCCUGUGUGUUUGGCUCACGGAGCAUCCUGACAUGUUAAAUGAAAAGGACUGCCUGAAGGAGGUGCUGGAGAUUGUAGAGUUGGGUAUCUCUGGCAGCAAGUCAAUAAAUUCUGAGCAGCAGGAGGUCCGCUACAAAGGAGACAAGGAACACAACCCAGCCUCGAUGAGGGUGAAAGACGCAGCAGAAGCCACUUUAACCUGUAUCAUGCAGCUGCUUGGGGCAUUUCCUCCACCUAGCGGCCCAGCCUCCCCCUGCAGCUUGGUGAAUGAGACCACUCUAGUCACCUACUCACGGCUGCCCAUUGUCAACAAGUACAGUUUCCGAUACUUUGUCUUGGAUAACAGCGUCAUUCUGGCCAUGUUGGAGCAGCCGCUAGGCAAUGAGCAAAGCAAUCCCAGCCCAUUCAUCACUGUUUUGAUCCGAGGGAUGUCUGGCCGCCAUGCCUGGUCCAUGCAGCUUUGUCACCUCUCUAGGACAGCUCGAGCCUGUCAGAGGAUGUUCGUUCCCGAGGCUAGGCCUGAGCCUAAAAACAAUGUUGGCAUUAAGUACAACGUGAAGCACCGUCCGUUCCCAGAAGAAGUGGACAAAAUUCCCUUUGUUAAAGCUGACCUGAGCAUUCCUGACUUGCACGAGAUCGUUACAGAAGAGUUGGAAUUGAGGCACGAAAAGUUAAAGCUCGGAAUGGCCAAGCAAAUAAAGUAUGAGACGGCCCUGGAGCACAUAAAAGAGGAGGAGUGGAGAAAGAAAAGUUACCCUGACCCUGUGACGGAGUGCAGGCCUCCGCCGCCUGCCCAGGAGUUCCAGACGGCGCGCUUACUCCUCUCCCACUUUGGCUUCCUGUCUCUGGAGGCGCUCAAAGAACCUACAAACAGUCGUCUACCUCCUCACCUGAUCGCACUCGACUCUCACAUCCCCGGAUUCUUUGAUGAUAUCGGGUACUUGGAUUUGUUACCUUGCCGCCCCUUCGAUACGGUUUUUAUUUUCUACAUGAAGGCUGGCCAGAAAACAAGCCAAGAGAUCCUGAAGAACAUGGACUCUUCUAGUAAUGUACAGCCGCACUUCUUGGAGUUCCUGCUGUCCUUGGGCUGGCCAGUGGAUGUAGGGAAGCACCCCGGCUGGACGGGUCAUGUCUCUACCAGCUGGUCUAUCAACUGCACUGGUGAGAACGAACAGCAAGAUCAAGAGGAAACCGGUUUUUCGGAGGACUCUGGUGGAAGUGUUUUUAACGGGGAGAAGAAAGUCCUUUACUACGCCGAUGCUCUGACUGAGAUUGCAUUCGUGGUUCCAUCACCUAUGGAUUCCUCAACGGAUUCCACAGAAAGUAAUGUGUCGGAGUUUGAUGGCGACUCCAAUAUGGACCUUCUCCCUGGGAUAUUGAAGCAGCCUUUAACUCUUGAAUUAUUCCCGAAUCACACGGAAAGCCUCAAUUCCACGCAGAGGCUAAGCCCAUCAUCCCGUACCAAGAAGUUACCGCAAGGACGUACCGUCCCACCCUUGGGUCCAGAGACGAAGGUGGCAGUUGUGUGGCUGGAGCAGUAUGACGAUAUAGAAAACUUUCCUUUAUCUGAUCUGGUGGCAGAAACCAGCACUGGCAUUGAGACCACUACUAACAGCAGCACUUCCAUCAGGAACAGCGCUCCAGAAAAAGAAGUCCCAGUGAUCUACAUCCACCCCCUGUACACCGGCCUGUUCCGUGUAAAAGUACACGGAGCUUCAGGGAAAUUCAACAUGGUGAUCCCGUUAGUCGAGGGAAUGGUGGUUAGCAGGAGAGCCCUGGGUUUCUUAGUGAGACAAACAGUCAUUAAUAUUUGCCGGAGGAAGAGGCUGGAAAGCGAUUCAUACAACACGCCGCAUGUCCGCCGAAAGCAGAAGAUCACAGACAUUGUCAACAAGUACAGGAACAGACAAUUGGAGCCCGAGUUUUAUACUACCCUUUUUCAUGAUGUGGGCAUGAAUAGCUGCACCCCAUAAACCAAAGACCCCGUCUGGGUCUCGGAGGGAGGGCAUUAAACUGAAUUAAACUCUCCUGGAGUGUCUGUUAACCAAAAAAGAGAGCUGAUGCACUGAAUGUGUCAUGGAGGAGCCUCCGUAACACGCCACUGAAAAUCCAAACUACAGAAGUCUUUUUGGGUUAUUAGAAGGCUGGUGCUAGCACUGGUUAUGGCACCAACGACUCUGUAGAUUCAUCUGCUAUGCCGCAUGUGGAAGAUCUUUAUAGACUAUCGCCCCCCCCCUAGUUUACCCGAGAACUACUAUUCCAGUCUCUUCGCUCCUGUUUUGUAUAUUAAUUUUUAUCUCUUUCUAUGUAAGGGAUCUGAAUUGUUAAGCAGGUCUGUGAGCCUAUUUGGCGUAUGUCUAAGGUCCUAGAAAUGCGGGCUUACGCAGUGUUUUAACGGACCAAGUUGCACAGAGACCCCAAUUGUCACGAAGCAGGAGUUUCAGACUCCGCACUCAGUAGUUGUCUUCCUCUGGUAAGCAAGGAGACUAUUCUUGAGGAGGGAGGUUCAAGGAAAAACUUCACAAUAUGUAUGCAAUCUUUAUUUUUCAAUAUAUAGCUGUACAUUUUUUGUCUUGGUCAGUAUCUGUCUUGCCACAAAAAAGCCUACAUGGGUGUCACAGCAGUUCCUGCGCAGAUAAUAAGCACUCUAUACAACUGAUAAUUAACCUCACCUGGCCAUCAGAUUAAAUAACAUUUUCAGAUCA